AUUAAUUUAAUAAGUAAGCAAUGGCGAAUGCCAGGUCAAAAGAAGAUUCUAUAUUUUGAGGUCAAAAGAUUGUUAGACAAUUCGCCAGUGGUGGAACCAGAUACCCCAAGCCGGCGCUGCUUGGAUAGUACAGAAAGCUCAAGGGCCGAACUGUCUCUCCUCACCCUAUGGAAAGCGCCCGAAUGGCUAGGGUCAGUCCCCCAAACCACAGCAGCACUGGCUGGGGAGAGAGAACAACAGCGAUCUCCAACAACUGGACCCCGACUUCCGCCCCGUGCAUUUGCUCGCAGCUCCCACUUCCGCCCCUCUUAGCCGCCCGGCGAUUGGCGCAGCCGGUCACGUAACGAACACAUCACCAUUACCAGUCUCCAAAGUAUUCGGGGCCGCCGCCAUUCUCCCUUCGUUACGCCACGGACAUAAACCAGAAGAAGCCGUUUCGCGUCCCCAGCACUAAUAGUCGGUGAUCACAGGUGGUUUUGGAAGAUCCCGGAUCACUGUGAACCCCAGAUCAUCCCACCAGCAAGGAUGAACCCUGUAAUCUGGUGGAUUCGUACCAGCUUUCAGUCAGUGCAGGACCUCGAGUCCAACCACCUACUGGAACGGCUGAAACAGAGCCGGAACCAGGUGUUGCUGCUGGACGUCCGCAGUCCGGCUGAAUAUGAAGUCAGUCACUUGGAGGGAGCCGUUCGCGUUGACUCAGAGACCACCGACAUGGAGAAGACAGUGAAGGAGCUGGGUCUGGCAGACAGCCAGGUGGACAGGGACGUGGUCUGUUACUGCACAUUGGGCUACCGUUCCUCCAAGAUGGCCCAGUCCCUGGGGCAGUUCCUGGCCCGUGACUUGGGCCAGGGUCUCAGCCACUCGCAGAGGAUCUACAACCUGGAGGGCGGGCUGAUGAAGUGGGCCAACGAGGGCAAGCCCAUCGUGGACAGCAAGGAGCAGCCCACCCAACUGGUCCACCCAUACAGCAAAGUGUGGGCCUACCUCCUGAAGCCAGAGCUCCGGGCCCCGAUGUGAGAUGCGACUCAGGACACGGCAACGGAGAGAUGGAGGGAUCACUGGGAACACAGUUGUAAGGAAAGGGUUAAUCAGGCCGAUAAUCUCUGCUCAUGUGCUUCUACUGCUGAUUCACUUUAAUAUUCACGGCACGGUAGCGUAGCGGUUAGCAUAACGCCUUCCAGAGCCAGUGACAGGGUUUAAUGCCCACCGCUGUCCGUCGGGAGUUUCUACGUUCUCUCUGUGAUACGUGGGUUUCUCCAGGUGCUUUGGUUUCCUCGCACUGUCCAAAGACGUUGGGUUAAUUAGUCAGACGGGUGUAUUGUGUGACACGGCUCACUGGGCCUGGGGGGACCAGUUGUCGCACUGUGUCGCGACAUAAAAAAUAAACAUGAAAGUUCCAGGGUGCAGGUUGAAGGAGUUUUUACACUGUCGUGUUGUGACAGUGAUACAGUGGUGUAAUAGUCCGUGCAAAGCUGUGCAACACCAAUAAUCCGGGUACAAUUCCUGCCUCUGCCUGUCAGGGGUUUGUACGUUCUCCCCGUGACUGUGUGGGUUUCCUUUGGGUGCUCUGGUUUCCUCCCACAGUCCAAAGACUUACUAGUUAGCAUUAGUACAACCUGGGCAUGGUAUGUUGUCAAAAUGGCAACACAUCGUCAGAUGUGUUAGCCGUUGACGCAAACAACACGUUUCAGUGUGUUUCAAUGUAAAUCUGUUCUUUAUCUCAAUCUUCUAACCGCUGGGCCUGUUGUAUGGAAGGGCUGUCAUUCACUAACCCCAGCAGGUUACAGGUUUCCCCCACCAUCCGAAGGUAGAGCAUUCCUAUGAGACAGUUCGUAAGCCGGAAUGUCGUAAAGUGAAGAAGAAAUUACCAUUAAUUUAUAUGGGAAAAAUUUGUGAGCGUUUGCAGACCCAAAAAUAACCUACCAAAUCAUGCCAAAUAACACAUAAAACCUAAAAUAACAGUAACAUAUAGUAAAAGCAGGAAUGAUAUGAUGAAUACACAGCUUAUAUAAAGUAGAAAUACUUUUCCACAAUCAUUGCUGGCACUGUUCUCCGUAGCGAAAAUCUCACGCAAACACCGUCAGCAAAAACACGGCGCAAGCGCUCUCCAGUAACCUUUAAGCUAUGAAGCUGCCAAAUCAUACCAAAUAACACGUAAAAAUACACAGCCUAUAUAAAGUAGAAAUAAUGUAUGUACAGUGUAGUAUCACUUACGGGAAUCGGGAAGACAUUAAGCACACUGAUGAUAGUGUGUUAGGCCGAGUCGUCGGAGGUUGGGGUGGUGCAGUGGCCCCCACCCUCUGGGCCGCUGACCGAUAUGCGAUCUGCGAAGCAUGCAGAGGUACAGCGUUAGCCGGGACACACCCAACACAUCUUUAAGAAAAAAGCCGAAACA